AUGGAUCAAAAAAAAGAACAAAAACCACACUGCCUAAUCCUUCCAUACCCAAGCCAAGGCCACAUAAACCCUAUGAUCCAAUUCUCCAAACGCUUAGCCCACAAAGGCAUCACAAUCACCUUCGCCGUACCGCAAGGCGUCCUCACCUCUUCUGCCGCCGGCAACAUCGCCGUCGAGACCAUCUCCGACGGCUACGACUCCGCCGCCACCAGAGCCGGCGUCGGCCCGCAGGAGCGUCUGCUCAGCUUCAAAACGGCCGGGACGGAGUCAACGUCCCGACUCAUCGAGAAGCUUCGAGAAGGGGGCCGGCCAGUGGACUGCGUUGUCUGCGACGCCUUCAUGCCGUGGGGGCUGGCCGUGGCGAAGAGUAAGGGUCUGUUUGGUGCGGCCUUUUUCACGCAGACGAGCUCUGUGAAUGUUAUCUACUACAAUGUGUUUAAAGGGUUGCUCAAAGUUCCGGUUUUGGAGAAGGAGAUCGUGCUUCCCGGGCUGCCGCCGUUGGCAGUCUCGGAUUUGCCGUCGUUUGUCGUUGAGCCGGAGAAGCUUCCGGGCUUGUUGGAGCUGAUGGUGGGUCAGUUUGAAGGUGUGGAGGAUUCUCAUUUCGUGUUUGUUAACUCGGUUUACGAGCUCGAGGAAGAGAUGCGUUGCUCGUCUUUUGGAAUAAGUUAUCAUGUCUAGUUGUUACUGACUUAUUGCCGAGUUUCAUUGGGCUAAAUUAAAUUUUCAUUUUACAUAAAAAAGCGAUAUAUACAUGACAUUUAUUUGGUUUUGUUUUGUUAGUCACAUGUGAAGAGUUGGACUAUUUUGGGGCCUCUA